AUCCUAGAGCGAGCGGAAGUGCGUCCCCGAGUUCCGCUGUUCGUCAUUUCCGGCGUGUAGGCGCGGGGGUUGAUUCGCUCUGACUCGGCGGGCGUCUUUGGCGCCGAGGCCGCCGCUGCUUGGAAAUGGCGGGGCUCUCUGCUAUGGAGAAGAAACUGGCCGAGUACAAAUGUAAUACAAAUGAAGCAAUUCACUUAAAAUUAGUCCGUUUUCCAGAGGAUUUGGAAGAUGACAGCACAACAUUUCAUCCAGAGUUCAGUCAUCAGGUUUUUGGAGACGAUGAGGUUGCCUUUGGUUACAAGGGACUGAAGAUUCUCUUGUACUAUAUUGCUGGUAACUUGUCGACACUGUUUCGCAUUGAUUACACAUCCAAAGUUAAUGAGAACUUUGACUGCGUGGAGGCAGAUGACAUAGAAAGUAAAAUUAGAGAAAUUAUUCCACCAGGUUUUAACAGAAGUAUAGAUGACUUUGUGUGUCUGCUGGAAAAGGAUGUGAACUUCAAGCCAUUUGGAAUAUUAUUACAUACAUAUUCCGUUCACAACAACGAAGCUGGCGAAGACAUCACUUAUCAAAUAUACAAGACUGACAUGACAUGCCCGGGCUUUCGAGAGUAUCAUGAAAGGCUUCAGACCUUCUUGAUGUGGUUCAUUGAGACAGCUAGCUUCAUUGACGUGGACGACGAGAGAUGGAACUACUUUCUAGUAUUUGAGAAGUAUAAUAAGGACGGAGCAACGCUCUUUGCGACCGUGGGCUAUAUGACAGUCUAUAAUUACUAUGUGUACCCAGACAAAACCCGGCCACGUGUAAGCCAAAUGUUGAUAUUGCCUCCGUUCCAAGGAGAAGGUCAUGGGGCUCAGCUUUUAGAAACGGUUCAUAGAUACUACAUGGCGUCUCCUACAGUGCUUGAUAUAACAGCGGAAGACCCCUCUGAAAACUACGUGAAACUACGAGACUUUGUCCUGGUGAAGCUUUGUCAAGCUCUGCCCUGCUUUUCCCCAGAGAAGCUCAAGCAAGGUUUCAGUCAAGAGAUGGUAACAGAGGCUCAGCAGAAGCUGAAAGUAAAUAAGCAACAUACAAGACGAGUUUACGAAAUUCUCCGGUUGCGUGCAACAGACAUGGCCAAUGCAGAGCAGUCUAGAAGUUACAGACUGGAUAUCAAAAGAAGACUAAUGGGUCCAUACAAGAAAAAGCAGAGAGAGAUUGCUAAAAUGAGAAGAUGCUUGAGGCCAGAAGAGUUAACCAACCAGCUGAACCAAAUAGAUCUAAAUCUGCAACACAAACAGCUAGACGAGACCUUCCAGCAGCUUGUUUCAGAUUAUCGGAGAGUCCUAGAACGGCUCGCUCAAGUCUGAG